GUGUGGGCGUUGGAGGGGUUCGCCCAGCUCUUGCACUCUGGCACCUGUUGCACUCUGCCCAGUUGCAAUUCAAUGCACUCCAAGGUUGGAGACACCUGAAAAAUAAAGACUUUUGGGGAUUUUAGUUCUCUAAGAAAACAGAAUUCUUCUACUUGACCAAAAUAUUCUUGUUUCCUGCAUGACUGGUCUUGAAAACUGUGAAUGAUCAAUAGACAUGCAUUUGAAAACUGGAUUAAUAUUUUUGAUCAUUUGCCUUGCUCUCCAAGUUCAGGGAAGCAGAGAAAUUCCUGAUAAAAUAAACCGUGCUGAAGCCAAACAUCUUGCAGUCACCUCAGGGUCAGACAAAACAGAAAGAACAACAAAGCGGUCCAGGAUAUCAACCAUAAGGCGGAUAUUUGACAUGGCAAAACACCGAACAAAGAGGUCAUCCUUUUUCUCAACUGGUGUGAAAGUUUGCCCACAAGAAUCAGUGAAGCAGAUUUUAGCCAGUCACCAAGCUUACUAUAGAUUAAGAGUCUGCCAGGAAGCUGUGUGGGAAGCCUUUCGUAUUUUUCUGGAUCGGAUUCCUGACACUUCUGAAUAUCAGAACUGGGUUACUGCCUGCCAGAGAGAAACCUUUUGCAUAUUCGACAUUGGGAAAAACUUCAGCAAUUCCCAAGAGCACCUGGAAAUAAUUCAACGGCGAGUAAAACAUAGAACCUUCCAGGAAAGGAAAGAUGAAAUAUCAGCAGAGAAAACAGGAGGCAAAAAGUUGGAAGACAUUCCCUCCAUUUCUACAGGCUCUCCUGGCACAUCCCCCUCUCCAUAUGCACCUAAUGGCACAUUGCUCAAUGAAAUUUUCAAUGACACAAAGACUCCUGUGAAGGAGCUGGGAACAAAUGCAGUCCCUGAACUGCCUGUGGAGCAAAUGGUGGAAUUCAGUGUGACUCUCACUGAUCAGGAGUACACAGCUGAACUUAGUGACCCCAACUCCCCAGAGUACCAACAACUAGCUGCCAAAUUUCAGCUACAGAUGAAAAAAAUAUUUGAGAAACUUCCAGGAUUCAAAGAAAUCCGCGUGUUAGGAUUCAAACAGAAGAAGGAGAAAGAUGGAUCCAGCAGCACAGUAGCACGAUACGUGGUGAACUUCGAGAGAGAUGGCUCAGAAACCAAAGGCACAGCAGAUGACAUCUCCACUAUUGGAUCUAAUAAGGUUGAAAGCGAAAAAAUACCAAUUUCUCCAGUUGAAGAGAGGGAAAUAUCAGCAACCAAACUGACAGUGACAGACCUUCAGCAGCUGGUUGCCACUGCACUCCAUGAAGACCAGUCCCUGCCAGUGGACCUUGGAACACUUCAGUUUACUGAUGAAACUAUUAUAUCACCUAGUGAUUUAGACAAUGAUAUCCAAGGCGUGGUCACUAUUCCUCUGGCAGGCCCUGAAUUGGAGGAACUCCCACUAGGUUAUCCCAGUCCAGCAACAGUGGACCAAAGAGGAGAUGUAUUUGUUGAAUUUACAACUGAAAGCCCUGCUCUAAGUGAAGAAAUCAGCAUCCCUGAAGAAUUUAAUAAUUUUAUUACAUCUGAACCUGAUUUUCCUACCAAACCUUCCAGAGAACCAUUUCAGGACAGAUACCCAUACACCCAAGUUAUUGCUACCUACCGCCCAAGUUUCACAGUGCCUUUCAGUGCCCUGGGUAGCACCAGCAGCCCUCCAGAGUCAGAGGAUUCCUACUUGCCUCCCCCAGCAGACGACUCUGCUGGCAAGGACUUACCCACGGCUGGCAGUGAGUCUCCGGUGGUGCCGGCCACCGCCGGCAGCUCCACCACACCUGCUCUCCUGCCCGCCGGAGACGCGGAGCGGGGAGCUGAAGGGAAGCAAGAACUGACUGACAUAGCAGAGCCUCCUUUCAAGGAAUUGGACCAAGACAGCCUGUCUGGACAAGCAGUUAAGAUCAUGGAAGAACCAGAAUCAUCAGGUGAUGACAUUUUUGUUACAGCCAGCACUUAUGAAGGGUUGCCUUUCUUUACUGGUCCAAGUGAUGUCUCUACCGCGCAGCCUGGAGCUGUCAGUACAGAUGUGCUGCCAUCAGUAGCACCGCUGCCUGCAGCCACCAGCCCAUCCUACAGCCCCUCUGAGAUCAUCGAGCAGUCCCUUGAGUUACCAGGCUCCUCAGCUCCAGCCCCUGAGGUCGUUCCUGCAGAUGUCACCGGGAUGGGCGUGCAGGACAUCGCUGCCGAGCUGGAUCAGGUGGGCGCGGCGAGCACGGCCGCGCUGGACGAGGGGGAGCAGGGCAGCGGCUACAUCCCCGUGCUGACCACAGAGCCUGCAGAAACCACCCCAGCGCCCGUGCUCAAGUAUGUGACUACCAGCUCCAUGACCACUGCAGCCAAAGGCAAAGAGCUCGUGGUUUUCUUCAGCCUGAGGGUAACCAACAUGCACUUCUCUGAUGACCUCUUCAACAGGAGCUCGACAGAGUACAAAGCGCUGGAGCAACAGUUCAUGCAGCUGUUACUUCCAUACCUUCAGUCCAACCUCACAGGUUUUAAGCACUUGGAAAUUCUCAACUUCAGGAACGGAAGUGUGAUUGUGAACAGCAAAAUGAAAUUUGCCAAGACAGUGCCAUACAAUAUUACAGAAGCAGUACACUGUGUUUUGGAGGAUUUCUGUGAUGCUGCAGCCCAGCACCUCAAUUUGGAGAUUGACAGCUAUUCCCUGGAUAUUGAGCCAGCUGAUCAGGCAGACCCCUGCAAAUUCAUGGCUUGCGACAAGUUUUCCGAGUGCGUACUGAACGAGUGGACAAAAGAGGCCGACUGCCUGUGCAAGCCUGGCUAUGCCAGCCAGGAUGGGCUGCCCUGCCGGAGCCUGUGCGAGCUGCAGCCCCAGCUCUGUGUCAACGGUGGCAAAUGUGAGCUGGUGCCAGGAAGAGGAGCUGUCUGCAGGUCACCAGAUGAGUUUACAAAACCAAGACUGACAAGUUAGUGUCUGGAAUUCUUCGUUUCCAGCAUCAGCCAGACAAAACCAAGGCAUUCAAGAAAGAAGGUCUGCAUUAUUCAAGAUUGAACUUCGGGAUGAGUAUGAAAAAAAAAAAUAAAGGAUUCCUAAAGAUACAGUAUUUUGGCUCUAAAAUCAAUGCACAUUAAAAAUUAGUUUUACUGAAGGAAAACAAAUUACCAAGUUGAGCAGCUUUUGAGCAUGUCUAAAAUGCCUGGUAGGAAGUUCCCACUAUUAAGAUGCAUGCAUUAAGCUUCUGGUGCUUACACAUCUUAACUGUUUUAUUUAAGAGCUGAGUGCUAGAAACAGAUUUUGCUGAGAUGUGACAUUUUUCAACAUUGUAUGUUACAACCAUUCUGGUAAAAAUGUCAGUGGAGGUUCAGUGCAUUUCUAUACCCCUUUAUUAAACUUCCUUACACACACUGAUGCAAAUAGUGAAUGGAAAUUAGAGCUGUCAUUGACCAAAGGCCACAUUAAAAGCAUUUGGGAACUUCUUCAUUCCCUCCCUGAAUGCUCACACAGAAGUUGGAUUCAAUUUUUCAAGGGUUGCUAUGAACAUCAGAUUCCUAUUUUUCUGUUAAUAAAGACAUCAUUUUUACAUAUGUACAUAUUCACUUAACUGUUUAAUUCUGGUGACAGUGAAACUAUCAGGUUAUCCUAAGACUUUUUGCUGAGGUACAAUAUAUGGAGUUUCAUCUUUUCAGAACAUGAGAUUUGUAUUCACAAGCACCCUCCUGGUGGUGAGUAAAUUAGAAUUGCACAUGAGAACCUACACUUUAGAGUCAGUAUCCACACAAAUAAUUUUGAGACAAUACUGCUAGUUUUUGUAGGAGAAAUCCAAUCAGACAACAGGUGGCCAUUAAGUAUUUUGUAGGCUUAUUAAUUUACGCACUAUGAAUCCACAGUCCUGAUUGAAGUAGGAGCAUUAUUUUACCUUGAGUAUCUUUUUCUUGUGUAUGUAUCUCUAUUUAUAUUCUGCACCAGUGCUGUAUUCAGACACUGGUUUGCUGCUUGGUGCACACCAGAAGUCGUACUUACAGCUCAAACUGAGCCUCUACAAAGUUCAUGACUAUCCUGGAUGACAACUCCUCAUCCAGAUGUGAAACUUCCGUGUAUCCAGGACAGCAGCUGACUUUGGUGACAAUUCUUACUUCGUGCCGUGCAGUUACCACAGCAAAGAUUGAACUUUGGUUUCCCUUUUCAAGUCCACUCAAACAAACUGUUUACGAAUUCCCAACAACUGCACGGGCUUGCCUGCAAAACCACCGGAACUGGUGACUGCGUACGGAUGAAGGCAGUGCACCAAGGAGUUUCUACAGCUGAAAUAGUGUUUUUACUUACUUUAUUUAAGUAGGAAAGAAAAAUAAAGAAGAAACCUAAGAUGUGUUUUUACACAGUAACACUUCAGAAUAAAAUUACUUUAAAAGUACUUUUGCAAGGUACUGGAAGUCAUCCUUGCCUACAAAUGCUAGCUUUUCACUAUUGCUCAUGUAAGCUAAGAAUGCAUUAAGAAUGCUGAUAGCAUUCCAUUUUUUUCCAUUACAAAUGUAUUUUUGUAUGUGUUUAGCAUAUUCCAACUUCUACUAGUUAUCAUUAGCCAGAUUAAAAAAAUAAGUAAUUUUAAAAUGUGUAUUUUAAUAAUGAUUAUUCAUGAUUGUAUUUAUCACUCUCAACUAUUAAUUACCAAAUAUAUUUGCUGACGUAAACCUUUUGUAUUUCAAUAAAACAUAAUAAAAUUAUUUACUUGAAAAUGUCACAGGGAAUUGAAGUGAUGCCUAAUAUUGCACUAAAGUUCAUCAUGUUACUUUAAAACUGAUGUAGAGUUAUAGUUGGUAACAGUUUUAUACAAUUUGUAUAAAAGCCAUAAGGAUA